CACGUGCUCAGCUCAAAUACUUCUUGGGGCAGGAUCCAUCGCCCGGGCGGCGGCGGAAGGGAGGAGGAGGAGGAGGGAAUGGAGCGGCACCGGCUGUGGGGGCACCUGCCGCUGCUGGUGCGGUCGAGCUCCAAGGAGUCGGUGGAGUACGUACUGCAGGCGCUGUGGAGGACCCGCAAGACCGGCCUCGACGCCGCCGACCGCGCCAUCAUCCGCGACAUGCUCCACCUCUCCUCCGACUCCGACCUCGAUCCUCUUUUGGUAUGCCUCCGCAUGUUGAUACGCAGGUGCGUCUAUGAAAAUAUUACCAAGGACGAGAUUCAGAAGUUGUUCCCACAAGAGGUCUUACCUGAAUUGCAAAGGUUGCUCACAUUGCUGUUGCAGAAGUUUCAAAGAGAAUGGCGAGGAGAUGUUCUUAAGGAUCAGGUUUCUUUACCCCGUUUAAAGGCAAUGACAUGGAAUAUGGCAAAUCAAAAUCAAGAUUCCACUGAGCAUGCUGCUAUUAUUAAUCUGAAGCUUCAAGGUGAUACUCAAUCUCUAUCAGGAGAAACAGAAGUUAAAUUCCAGUUAGCAAAGGACACUCUGGAAACAAUGUUGAAGUCCAUGUACUUUAUAAGAGACCAGUUGUCAAAUGUGGGUGAUGCCUCUAAUGGACAUGGACAAGCACAGGAAACUGUUAACACGUAAACAGUGGGAUACUGGGGCCAGAAAAACAGCAUGACUUGGUUAUAAUGAAAUAUCUGUACAAUAUAAGUUAGAUCUUAUUUUCAUAAUUCUAAAUUAUGUCUCUGCCUUGUUAUAAUGUAGUAUCUGUGUAAGUUAGAUCUUAUUUUCAUAAUUAUAAAUUAUGCCUCUGCCUUUCUGUUAGUAA